UUUUGGUAAACCACCAGACCCCAACUCAUGGUGUCCCAGCUGCGUAUAGCCCGUAGGGCAGGGCAGGUUGUCAUCAGGCAACGCAGGUUGCUCGCGACGAAACCGCCGCCCAUCGUCGUCACACCAGUCGUCACUGUCCCACCGGCUGCUCCGGCUCUCAAUGCCAAUACGACCAUCCCUAGACCUGGACCUAUCCCAGUGACUCCUCCUACACCUCCUCCUCUUGCUACACGACUUCCCCCUCCACCACCACCUCCUCCGCCACCUCCGCCACCUCCGAGACGCUUCUUCCGCCGCUUCUUCAUCCUCACCACCCUCGGACUCUUGACAUUUUAUCCUGUAUCCGGUUGGCUCUCGACACAGAAUGAAACGUAUCGCGACUUUUUCGUGACCAAUGUACCUGGUGGAGAGGCUGUUGCAGAGUACGCCGACGACAAUGGUUGGGAUCACUUUGGGUUCGGAACGGUCAGUAAGAAGGCCGUCGAGGGUUGGCAAAAGAUCACUGGAGAGGACAAGAAGCCAUAUUCCACCCAGGAACGAGUGGCUUCAAGAGCGAGAGAGGUGGAGAAGGACGUCAGAAGUGGCAUGAGGGAUCUCGAGAGCAAGGCCAAAGCCGCGGCCAAGGAGGCCGAGAGUAAAUCUCAGUCAACCUUAUCCAGUGCCCGUGCCAAGGCGUCCGAAGUGGCCGACAAGGCCUCCGAGUUGGCCCAUCAAGCCAGCUCAAAAGCCUCUCAGGCCGUCGACAAGGCCAAGUCUGUCGCUUCCAAUGCUGUCGAUCGGACCAAGACGGAGGCUUCCAAAGCUCAGGAUGUGGCCAAACACGCCGCUGACCGAGCCGAGGACAAAGCUGCGAGCCUGACAGACCGAGCAGUGGAAGCUACUCGACAGACAGCAGAUAAAGCUGUGGCGCUCGCUACAGUGGCCAAGGAGAAGGUGGUCGAGGCGACGUCUCAGGUCCCGUUCAACUUUUCAGAUGGUGUUGAGGGAAUGGUCAGGGAGGCUGAAAAUGCCCUGUCGCGAAGCGAGGACAAAGUGGAAGAUGUAGCUCAUCGAGUCAAGGAGGCCGUCGAGCCAAAGCCAAGAGGAUACUUGGACGCUCAACGACCCCGAGAUCUCGAUCCACGGGCUGUGCCGAAAAAGUCGCCUCACGAGGGCAAGGAGCGAUACACUGGUCCAGCCCUGCCUCUAGGCUUUGAACCGCCCCCGGGUUACUACAUUGCUCCACCACCUGCGCCAAAAAAUCCUCAGGACACUGUCAAAGAGACGCUUCCGUUGCUCGUACCCAAAGUCAAGGAAUUCGCCGAGUCUGAACCCGUCAUCACCCAACUCGCAUCGACUAUCGACUCACUCACUCAGUCCUUGUCUACACCGACUUCGAGCGACCCCAACGGCAUCUUGAUCAAGGCGCAAGACGAUUUGGCAGCGUUGACCAAGCGAUUGGACGACGUGAAAAAGGAGGAAAAACAGCGACUUGAGAAGACGCUCGCUGAAAAGGCAGAAGAGUUUCAGAAUGUUUUACGAACCAAGGAUGAGGAGCGAGCCCAGGGCGAGCAGGGAUUGAAGCAGACUUGGGACGCUGAGCGACGAAAGAUGGUCGACGAAUGGCGUGGUGCGCUUGAGUCUGAGUUGGAGCAACAGAGGCAGGGCAUCGAACAGAGACUCCGUGAAGAGGUGGUAUCUCAGGGCAUUGAGCUCCAGCGACGGUGGCUGAGGUCGAUCAAGUCCCAAGUGGAGACUGAGCGUGGUGGUCGUUUGGCGAAGCUCGACAAUCUCACGACCUCGCUCAAGCAUCUGGAGCGGAUCACUCUGGACAAUUCCGCGACCCUUGACGAUAAUGUACGAUUGCACAAAGUCUGGUCUGCUCUCCGCGCUGUUCAAGCCAAGGCCGAUUCGGGAGACGCCGCAUUUGACACUGAAUUGAGGGCACUCAAGUCGUUAUCCACAACCGACUCGCUGACAGCGACCACCCUCGAUGCUCUCGAGUCCAGUGGAAUCGCUCAGACCGGUGUCAAAUCGUUUGCCUCCCUGUGCAGCUGGUUCAGCAAUUCGGUCGCACCUCGGGUGCAAAGUGCGAGUCUGGUACCCGCUCCAGAACACGCGACCGUGGCUUCGCACCUGGCCUCUGCGACCAUCAGCAAGAUCAUGUUCCGUCAUCAGGCCGGACUGGUCGCUGGAGAUGAUGUUACUGCCGUUUUGGCUCGUGCCGAAUGGUGUCUUGGUGAAAAAGAUCUGGACGGAGCAGCGAGAGAGAUCAACUCAUUGAAAGGAUGGCCUGCUCAAUUAGCAGCUGAUUGGUUGAGAGAAGCGAGGAGACGCUUAGAAGUGAUGCAGGCAUUGGAGAUUGCAGGGACACAAGCGACAUUGGGCAGUCUGCUCUUGGUAUAGAACUCCAAUGCAACCCAUUGUAUCGGCCAUAUCCUUUCCCCGGUCUGGCGGAUCGCCGGACCGGACCGAAGUGUGGAGUGGGG